CUGAAUGUGGGGAAAUGACCGCGAGUGACCUCAAAGGAAACACUGUAUUUUAGCGUCUGUUCGCUUGAGUAAAAUAUAGGUAACGAUUAAAGGAAAGGCAAGCUAACAUUGCCCCAGUUUCUCGUCGCUAGCAGUCGGGGUUCUUUCUGGGUUUUUUUUCUUUUUUUUUUUUUCUUUAUUGCCCCUGCAGAUGCUAAGCUAAGCUAAAGCUAAAGGCUAACGCUAAAAGGGCUAGCUGCUGCUGCUGCAAUGGAUAAAGCCAAGUCGAUGAUGGACAAGAAGGGAGCGUCGGGACCCUUUCACAUCAACAAUGGGCAGAGUCAGAGGGGCUUUCACGGUCCCACGGUGGUCGUGGCGGCGGCUAAUGGGGGCUGUUGCAGCGGCAGCAAUGGGGGCACUUUAGAAAACCUGCACCACCUGCACCGUGGGGACGAUGCGGAGUGCAACGGGUCCCCGGCCAAGCGGUGCAGGCUACGGAGGAGGACGGAGUCGGUGAGACGGAACAGACCCCCAUUUCCCUGGUUUGGUAUGGACAUCGGUGGUACUUUGGUUAAACUGGUGUACUUUGAGCCAGUCGAUAUCACCGCAGAGGAAGAACAGGAGGAAGUGGAGAACCUGAAGUCCAUCCGCCGCUACCUCACUUCAAAUGUGGCCUAUGGUAAAACAGGCGUCCGUGACGUCCACCUGGAGCUGAGGAACCUGACCAUGUGUGGCCGGACAGGAAACCUGCACUUCAUCCGCUUCCCAACACAGGCCAUGCCCCGCUUCAUCCAGAUGGGACGUGACAAAAACUUCUCCAGCCUGCACACGACACUCUGCGCAACCGGCGGCGGGGCGUACAAGUUUGAGAAUGACUUCCGAACAAUGGCCGACCUGGAGUUGCUGAAACUGGAUGAGCUGGACUGUCUGAUCCGUGGCCUGCUGUUCGUUGACCGGGUGAGCUUCAACGGCCACCCUGAGUGCUACUAUUUCCAGAAUCCAUCAGACACCCAGAGCUGCGUGAAGAAGCCCUGCACGCUGGACAACCCCUUCCCCAUGCUGCUGGUCAACAUCGGUUCCGGGGUCUCCAUUCUGGCCGUGUAUUCAGAGAACAACUACAAACGGGUGACUGGGACCAGUCUCGGAGGUGGGACAUUCCUGGGACUUUGCUGCCUGCUGACUGGCUGCGAGACGUUCGAGGAAGCAUUGGAAAUGGCCAGCAAGGGCGACUCUACCAACGUGGACAAACUGGUGAAGGACAUCUAUGGCGGAGAUUAUGAGCGCUUUGGCCUUCAGGGCUCUGCUGUGGCCUCCAGUUUUGGUCACAUGAUGAGCAAAGAGAAGCGAGACAGCAUCAGUAAGGAAGACCUGGCCAGAGCUACACUGGUCACCAUCACUAAUAACAUAGGAUCCAUAGCACGCAUGUGUGCUGUCAACGAGAAAAUCGAGCGUGUUGUGUUUGUUGGGAACUUCCUUCGUAUCAACACAGUGUCCACAAAACUGCUAGCUUACGCCAUGGACUUCUGGUCUAAAGGACAACUAAGAGCUCUCUUCCUGGAACAUGAGGGUUAUUUCGGAGCUGUGGGUGCGCUGAUGGAGCUGCUCAAGACAACAGAGGACCCGUGAGGUACACUCUGUCGUGACAUCAUCAGCCCUCAACAAGACGAUGUCAUCCAUCCCUUAUCGCUGUGAUGUCAUCAACUCUCGAAGCUGUGACGUCAUCAACUUCAGACGCUGCUGAAAGGUCCCGUUCACAGAGGCCGCUAAAAGGAACACUAAGAGAGAGACACAGAAACUGGGAAAAGCCAUUUUAAUAAUUUAACACUUGUAAAUAAUGAUAACCUCUAACAUCUAUCUCCUAAAUUUCCCAAACAGAGUCCCCCUAUCAUAGAGGUUUUAAUAUUGUAAUCAUUAAUUUAUGGUUUCCUGUAAUCAACUCUGUUGAUUCCUGUGAUCAGUCUUGUGUCAGGAGGCACAGAGAAACAGAGUAUUUUAGUGUUUUUUGUUACUGUGUGUGUUUGUGUGAAAAGCUACUGUAGCAUUACGUCCUGGAGGCUGUGGCACACCAGGCGACUAUUUGUGCAAUGGUCCAUUAAGAUAGGAUGUCUGCAAAGACAUUAAAUUACUCUUCAGUGAGUAAUUGGACAUUUUUACCACCAGGGACUCAAGGAAAAGUCUCUUCUGCCGCCAGAGAAACAUCAGCUGUAAAACCAUGGAGGCCACAGCUCGUGGUCAGACUGCAGCUGGUCAGCGACGUGCUGCUCGUGUUGCCUCUUUUUGCACAAAAAGUUGCCCACCAUGCUACAGUCUUCUGAGGAGUGCACUGAAGCCAAAUCCUGUUGAGAUUCAUACAACACCUGCCUCCUUCAGCUCAGAUAGGAAGCAGAAAAAACGGUCUUUAUUCUUUCUGUUGCUCCACUGCACAUGGCCUUUGCUUUUUUUUUUUUUUUUUUUUGUCUCUUCUCCGACUGCCUACAUGUAAAACAGCAUUAUCAACACCGUAUUGCCAUGCAUGCGUAACUAACCCGCUGAGUUUAGUGUUAGAUGACGGGACCAAGACACUGUCUUCCAACAGAUAGCGCUACAACUGUGUCUGCGUCGUUCAAUUGUGUCCACUAGCAUCACCUUCAACCACAGUCAGUCCAGCUCAGCAACCGGUGUCUGUGAUCCGUGAGGUACUGUGGGAUCUUCUUCUUUUCUUCUCUGUCCAGUUCAAGGACGCUUUUGCUGGAUUGAGGUCCACAUCCUCCGGCUUCGUUGCCACUCUUCUGCCUUGUUUAGGUGUUUUUAGUGUGACUUAAUUAAGUGUUAAUUUUAUGUGAAUCCUGGCGUUCAGCACCCCCCUAUUGUAUAUGCAGAUGCAGCAGAGUCAGGCCACCUUUUUUGGAGACAAUGGGGACCAAGACAGUUUUUGCAAAGAGUCACCCUACAUGCAAAUUACAAAUAAUGCAAAUUGGCUAGCAGCAGAUAAACUAGAUUGGACUGUG